CGUAAUUAUUAGGCACCGUAGGCAGCAUUGAUACUGUCUUCCGCUUCACUUCAUUCUCCGCUCCGACCACCACCACCACCGCUGCCACUUUGCUUGCUUCGCCCGCUUCGCGGUUCAAAAAAGCUCCCUCUUUUUCGCCUCCCGAUUUCUGAUAAUACGAUCCGUCCCUUGUGUGGAGAGCGAAGGGGGGGCCGACGGAUGGGGAAUAGGAUCGGCAGCGGCAGGCGGCGGCGGCCGGUCGAGGAUCGCCUCACGCGGCCGCAGCGCCUCGUCCGACAGCCGGACGACGUGGACUACAACAAGCUCCGGAAGCUCAUUCUCGCCCGGAAGCUCGCCCCUUGCUUCGACGCCCUCGACGAACCCUGUCUCCGCGACGACCUAGAGGAAUGCCCGAUCUGCUUCCUCUACUUUCCCAGCCUGAAUCAAUCUCGGUGCUGCUCCAAAUGCAUUUGCACUGAGUGUUUCCUGCAGAUGAAGCCUUCUGUUGCGGAUCAUCCUGUUCAAUGCCCAUUCUGCAAGGCUUCCUGCUACGCAGUUGAAUAUCGCGGUGCUAGAACUGAGGAAGAGAAGUCCCAAGAAAAAGCUGAAGAGCAAAAGGUUAUUGAGGCGAAACUAAAGAUGCAAUGUGAAUCUCAAAAUUUGGAGAAAGUUAUGCCCUCGGGUCAUAUUGCACAUCUCCUAGGAGCAUCACAUGUUAAGGAAAUGCCUGAUUUUGAUUGCUCUCUGAUACAGGAGAAUCAUCAUCAUCUCAGUUGCUCUCGCCAAGAUUAUAAUGACAGGAACGAUAACCUUCGAGUAAAUCUUGAGGAAAUUAUGAUCAUGGAAGCAAUAUGGGAUUCUUUUCACGUGAAGGAUUCAUCUGCAAACAUACUUCCAAGAACAUCCGAUGGAAGUUGUUCUCAUCAACCAAAAAGAAGUCUGUCACUCGUCGAGUGUUUAGCCAACUCUCUUGAUCUUGAUUCAGAUGAAGAGUAAACAGGAUAUUUUUAUAGUUAAUUGUCUUGUCUCUAUUAGAUAUAAAACCGUGGUCAUUUUAUCAUAUGUUUUUUUAUCUAAAAUGAAAGAAUCACCUUUUAUUUGUUGAUACAUGUAUAUAAGAUUAUAUUCUACUGAAAAUGAACAACUGUAACUAACUGGAUUUUGUGUGUGUGUGUGUGUAAUCACAAAUAUUUGAUGGUGGAUUCU